UCUGAAACUGCCGCUGAAAUUGCAGAUUCUUCACCAACUUUUAUUUAUAGUCACGCCAAGGUUUUUCUCGUCGGCGAUGGAGAAUCACUCCCAGAGGCUUCCGAUUUCACUUCAGUAGCUCGAUUUGCAUCAUUUUCCCUCUUUCCAAAGCUCAAAAUAUCCUCAAAUUCAACCGCGUAAUUCUCUCUCCUUUCUUACUCUUACAGUCACUUGAAUACAGGCCAAAAGUUGUAUUUGCUGUUGGAGGAUGCAGCUGAUUCUACUGUAGUAUUAUUGCUGACGUAGGACUGGGGAUUAAGGAUACUGAUUAUUCGAAGCAGCCUUCUUUGCCAUUAAACCUUCAUUGGUAAGGAAAAUGAAGAGGAAGCGUGUUCCCAGGAAGAAGAAGCUUGUCAAAAAGGCUGCUGAAGUGGACCAAAACGAGGAGGCGUUCUUGGAUUUUGUUAACCAGAACAAUGAAGAAGCUUUCCAUGAAGUCCAAGGUAUUGAGGAACCUCUCCAGGAAAACCAGAAUAAUAUGGAACCUCACCAAGAAAAACAGAACAACUUGGAAUCUUCACAAAAAAGCCAGAACAGUCUGAAAACUUUCUCUCAGAACCAGAAUGAUAUGGAACCUCAUCAAGAAAAACAGAACAAUUUGGAAUCUUCACAAAAAAGCCAGAACAGUCUGAAAACUUUCUCUCAGAACCAGAAUGAUAUGGAACCUCGCCAAAGAAACCCAAACAAUAUGGAGAAUAACCAAACAAAUAAGAACAAUGUGGAGCCUCACAAAAGAAACCUGAACAAUAUGGAGCCUUACCAAGGAAACCAGAGUGAUGUCGAGCCUUAUCAAAGAAACUGGAACAGUAUGGAACCUCACCAAAGAAGCAGGAAGAGUAUGGAACCUCACCAACGAAACCAGAACAAUAUGGACCCUUACCAAAGAAACCUGAACAACAUGGAGCCUCACAAAAGAAACCUGAACAAUAUGGAGCCUUACCAGGGAAACCAGAAUGAUGUCGAGCCUCAUCAAAGAAACUGGAAAAAUAUGGAGCCUCACCAAAGAAGCAGGAAGAGUACGGAGCCUCACCAACGAAACCAGAACAAUAUGGACCCUUACCAAAGAAACCUGAACAAUAUGGAGCCUUACCAAGGAAACCAGAGUGAUGUCGAGUCUUAUCAAAUAAACUGGAGCAAUAUGGAGCCUCACCAAAGAAGCAGGAAGAGUAUGGAGCCUUACCAACGAAACCAGAACAAUAUGGACCACUACCAAAGAAACCUGAACAACAUGGAGCCUCAUCAGAGAAACUUGAACAGUAAGGAUCCUUACUCAAGAAAUGUAAACAACGAGGGCCCUUACUUAAGAAACCUGAACAAUAUGGAACCUUAUCGAGAAACCCUGAACAAUGAGGCCACUUACCGAAAAAGCUUCAUCAAUGAGCGAACAUACCGUAAAAACAGAAACAAAGAGGGAAAGAAGAUGGCAGUUAGUAUUAGUGAUGAUGAAUAUGAUGUAUCUGAGUCUGAAUCAGAUAGUGGGUUAUCUCCAUUAUUGUCUUCUUCUUCUUCAAGCAAAAGUGAUGAGUCAUACGAUGUUUUGGGUAGUUCUAGUUCUGAUGAUUCAUGGAUCGAUAAAAAAUUGAGGAAAUCAAUUAGAGGGCGUCGUAAAGCCAAACGCAAAAAGGAGAAAUUGUUAAAGAAAAGUACACAAGUAAAAGGUCAAUCAUUGAGGGGGUUGAGUUCUUUGAGUACGAAGAUAAAGAAGUCAAAGAUAUCUCAUCAUGAUCCUCAGUACAAUAAGAAAGAACUAAAAACUGCAUUUUUGGUGAUUAAGAAGGUUAUGAAAAUGGAUGAGGCUUAUCCUUUUAAUGCUCCAGUUGAUCCUAUUGCUCAGGGAAUCCCUGAUUACUUUGACAUAGUAGAUAUCCCGAUGGACUUUGGGACAAUACGCAGCAAUCUCCAAAAUGGUACUAAGUACAUGAACUCGGAGGAUGUAUUUAAUGAUGUAGAAUAUAUUUGGAAUAAUUGCUGCAAGUAUAGCAACGAGGGUGACUAUACUUUGCAUCUGAUGAAGCGGGUGAGGAAGAAGUUCAUGAAGUAUUGGACAGCUGCUGGCUUGAAUUGCAAACAACGAAGGAAAAUCUCUGGCAGUACGAACCAUAACUUCAACCUGACGAGCCAGGAUAAGCUAGCCUCAAGCCAGCGGCAUCGGUUACCUACAGCAAACCGUGACCAGCAAUUUCAGGCACAUCAACCUUUGGCAAGUACCGUUCAGCCACAGUUCUCCCAGCUGCCACCAUCAAAUAACCAGCCUUAUCAGUUGCAACAACCACAACCAAGCACCAACCAGCCACAGCUCUCUUGCAUGCAAGUUGAUGUAGAAGGUAAUACAAAAGGACGAGCACACAUUCGAUCUAGAAUUGAUGUCUCCAUACUGCAGAAAAGACGGAUGUGUUCUAGACAGGUGGUCUCAACUGUUAAUGGUUCAAGCCAGUCUCAACUGCAGCAACCCCGUAUCGAUGGACAAACAUUUCAUUUGCAGCAGCCCCAACAGAGCACAAGCCAACCACAUCUGUGCCAGAUACACACUGGGAGAGAUUUAGCCAUAAGUUGCAAAGAAGGUUGCACCAUGAACUGUGGCAAAUAUGUGCCUUGGUGCCUAAAGGACUCCAUGCAUUAUAACUGCACCCAGAUACUGGCUCAAGAGCCACCGCUGCAACAGGAGUCUCCAGCGAGUGCUGGCCAGCCCUUGUCCCAGAUGCCACAGGCCAAUACAGUUACAGGCCCUGCCUUGAAUCUUGGCCGAAGUCUACAGAGAAGUUCUUUGGAACCUGCAGCCCAGAGUCCUAACCAACAACCUUUGGAUCCUUUGCAAUCCCAGCUUGAGCAGGUAGCAGAGGAUAACCAUGGGCCACAUGGUUCAAAACAACUACCCCAAAAGAGAAAGAAGGGGGGUAGAGGCCCCACCCGGUGCCUUUUUCUGAAGGAUUUGCCGGAGGGUGAGCGGAUCCUUGUCCCCUUCAAUAAGAUUGGGCAGCCCGUUGGCCGUGAGGCAUCCAAGCUAAGUAGUUUUCUAGGCAACAUAGCGCGCAAUGGUCACAUAGCACCCCUUAAUUAUAUUAGUUGGAGGCACCUGCCAGAUACGAUCAAGGAGGAUAUAUGGCAACAUGUCCAGUCCAAGUUUGAAAUUGAGCCAAUUGGCAAAGCUUGGGUCAUGAAAUCUGUUGCAACAAAGUGGAGGGAUUGGAAGGCAGAAUUAAAGGCAUGUCAUUAUUAUCCUAAUAAGACAGAUGAGGAACGACUGAAGGACAUCAAUCCAAGGGUUGUUCCGGAUCAAUGGCCAUUCCUCGUAUGUUACUGGAGCUCUGAGAAAGAGAAGAUUCGUAGUGCUAAAAAUAGGGCUAACCGUUACAAGCAAAAAGGCGUACAUGCCAUGGGCACAAAGAGCUUUGCGAGGAUACGUGAAGAGGAGCGUGCAAAGAGGCCUGAUGGAAAGGAGCCGACUAGGGCUGAGCUAUACAUAUUAACUCAUACACGCAAGGAUGGGCAGCCUGUGGAUGAGACAGCGGCAGAAGCAAUUGCAAAACUACAAGAACACACAACUCAAAGAAAGACUACUGAGGGAAGUUACAGCGAUGAGAGAGACACCUUUUUUGAAGUUAUGGGAGAAGAAAAACGUAACCAUGUGCGCACCUAUGGGUUGGGCCCAACUCCUGCUGAUAUUUGGGGCACAACACCAAAACGUUGUGACCAUGUGAGGGUGGCCUGUGAGGUAAAAAAGUUAACUAAUCAGGAAGUAAGCAAAAUGUUGGACAAAAUGGAGGCCUUGGAGCAGAAGUAUUCAUCUAUGGAAGCACAGAUUGCGAAGAUUAAUUCGAGCAUGCAGAUUUUACUAGAGAAAGUUGGAGCAACUUCUGCAAAUUUAGAGACCAAACAGGUUCCUCCAGACUCCAAUGCUGCUGCAGAUAUACGCCACCAACGUCUAAACUCUUCCUCAUCAAGUCAUGCAGUCGCAUCCCAGGAGGCUACCACCCAUGCCCAUGUAGAUGUAGAAGACUGACGCUGCUUAAUCCAUCUUCUAGUGUUGGUUUUAAGCCGAGGCUAUUGUUAUAUAUAUAUAUAUAUAUAUAAACAGCGGUUUAAUAAUUAAUGUUUUGUCCAAAUUAAAGUUUUUCUAGAGCCCUAUUUGAUACAUCUACUUGUGGGGAAAAAUGUUCUGUCUUCCUUUUUUUUUU